AUGUCUCAGGAAGGUGAUUACGGAAGGUGGACGAUAUCCAGCAGUGAUGACAGUGAGGAUGAAAAGCCAAAACUGGACAGACCAUCUACCUCCUCCCUCCCCCAUGCCCCACAAGGAGCCAUAAAAGAGCCCAGGUUCACCUGCUCAGAGGCCCGGAAGGCCGCACACAGGAGGAAGACGUCCCCCGUGAAGUUCAGCCCAGAUUCGGUGUCACCUCCCAAGAAGCAGAAGGAUAGCUCCCAGGAAGACCUGGGCUGGUGUCUCUCCAGCAGUGAUGAGGAGCUGCAGCCGGAGACACCAUGGGAGCAGUCCAGGAAACAAGGGGAAAAGCAGGAGGAAAAGCCCUCUGCUCCCAGAGACAGUGCUGCUCAGAGUACGGGAAGUCAUGGCGCUGCUAUGGACCACAGGCCCAGAGAGGAGGACGGAGACAAAUAUGAGACAUCAAGGGAAGGCCAGGACAUCUGGGACAUGUUGGAUAAAGGGAACCCCUUCCAGUUUUACCUCACCCGGGUCUCAGGAAUUCAGCCCAAGUACAACUCGGGUGCCCUCCACAUCAAAGAUAUCCUGUCUCCUCUAUUUGGGACACUUGUCGCUUCAGCUCAGUUUAACUACUGCUUUGACGUGGCCUGGCUCGUGAGACAGUACCCACCGGAGUUCAGGAAGAAGCCCCUCCUGCUCGUGCAUGGCGACAAGCGAGAGGCCAAGGCGCAUCUGCACGCCCAGGCCAAGCCCUACGAGAAUGUGUCCUUCUGCCAGGCAAAGUUGGAUAUUGCAUUUGGAACACAUCACACGAAGAUGAUGCUGCUGCUCUAUGAGGAAGGCCUGCGGGUGAUCGUGCACACCUCCAACCUCAUCCGUGAGGAUUGGCAUCAGAAGACCCAGGGAAUGUGGUUGAGCCCCUUAUACCCACGAAUCAUCCAUGAAACCCAUGGAGCUGGAGAGUCAGCAACACAUUUUAAAGCUGAUCUCAUCAGCUACCUGCUGGCUUACAAUGUGCCUGCACUCCAGGAGUGGAUCGAAGCCAUCCAUGAGCAUGAUCUCUCGGAAACAAACGUUUACCUUGUUGGUUCAACCCCAGGACGUUUUCAAGGAAGUCAGAAAGAUAACUGGGGACAUUUUAAACUUAGGAAGCUUCUGAGAGAACACGCCUCAUCUGCCCCUGCCACGGAGUCCUGGCCCAUAGUAGGUCAGUUUUCCAGCAUUGGCUCCUUGGGGGCUGAUGAGUCCAAGUGGUUGUGUUCUGAGUUUAAAGAGAGCCUGUUGCCGCUGGGGAAGGAGAACCUGGCUGCCAGGAGGAGCGCUGCCCCACUUCACCUGAUCUAUCCUUCUGUGGAAAAUGUACGGACCAGCUUAGAAGGAUAUCCUGCUGGAGGCUCUCUCCCCUACAGCAUCCAGACAGCUGAAAAGCAGAGCUGGCUGCACUCCUACUUUCA